UGCAGCGUCUUGAUUUAGGUGAUAAUCAUCUCACUGACACAUUCCCGAUGUGGUUGGGAACUCUUCCAAAGCUAAAAGUUUUAAGCUUGAGAUCAAAUACAUUGCAUGGGCCCAUUCAACCUCCAAGGAUUGAAACUAUUUUUCCCGAGCUUCAAAUCUUGGAUCUCUCUUACAAUGCCUUCUCGGGAAACUUACCUUCGAAUCUGUUUCAACAUCUAAAAGCUGUGAGGACAAAUGAUCCAUCAACGGAAGCACCAAGAUAUCGUGGAAGUACAUAUUACGAAGAUUCGAUUACAGUUACAACCAAGGGAUUUGUGCGUGAAAUUGUGAGAAUCUUGUAUCUGUACACUGUUAUCGAUUUUUCAAGCAAUAAAUUUGAAGGGCAAAUUCCAAGUAUCAUGGGGGAUCUCAUUGCAGUUCACACAUUAAAUUUAUCUCAUAAUGGAUUGAAAGGUCAUAUACCACCAUCAUUAGGAGAUUUAUCUUCAGUUGAAUCAUUGGAUCUAUCAGGAAACCAGCUUACGGGAGAGAUACCAGAACAACUGGCUUCUCUUACGUCUCUUUCAUUCUUAAAUCUCUCCCACAAUCAUCUCCAAGGAUGCAUCCCUCAAGGAUCUCAAUUUCACACUUUUGAGAGCAAUUCAUAUGAAGGGAAUGAUGGAUUACGUGGAUUUCCUGUUUCAAAAAAUUGUGGAGAUGCUGGGGUGUUAGAUAAAAAUGAUACCGUAUCUGGACAAGAUGAUGAAGAAAGUGAUUCUGAAUUUCAGAGUUAUUUUGGAAAGCUGCUUUUUUGGGCUAUGGAAGUGGACUAUGUAUUGGAUUAUCCAUAAUAUAUUUCAUGAUUUCAACUGGAAACCCGAAAUGGCUUGCAAGAAUCAUUGUAGAGCUGGAGCAUAAAAUAAUAAUGGGAAGGAGAAAGAAGCAGUGAAGGCAAAGGAACUAUAGA